AUGAAUUCAAAUCAAUAUGGUUAGGCCAUUACAUUAUUCGAUAAAGUUCUAGAAAAAAAUCCAUAUGACAUCGAAGCUUUGCUUAAAAAAGGAGAAUGCUUAAUGAAAUAGAAUUUUUAUUAUGAGGCAUAGCAUCAAUUUGAAGAAAUACUUUACUUUGAUCCUCAUAACCUAGAAGCCAUGUGCGAAAUUGGAAAUUGUUUAUUUAAAUGCAACAAAUAUGAUGAGGCUCUUAUUCAAUUCUAAAUGUGCCUAAAAACGAAAAGCAAUUCCUAUAUGGCUCUUCUGGGCCAUGCUGACUGUUUAAGAAAAAUGAACAAAUUAUAAGAAGCUAUUAACUAGUAUGAGAAAGCAAUUAGAGUUAACUAGUAGGGUUAUGCUGCAUUUUGUGGACAAGCUGAAUGCUUAAAGUUGUUGAAUGAUUUGAAUAAAUCAUAGAUUAUGUAUAGGAGAGCUUUACAAAUUGUGGAGAAUCACUUUGAUUCAUUAUUUGGUUUAGCGGAUUGCUUAAAAAGAUUGAAAAAGUAUUACGAAGCUAUUCCUUUUUAUGACAAGGCUUUGGAAAUUAAUCUUCAACAUUCAGGAUUAUUGGAAGGAAAAGCUUCGUGUUUAAAAUAUUGUGCCAAUAAUAUAGAAGCGGUUGAAUUUUAUUAAUUGGCUUUAGAAUAUGAUCCUAGUUUAGCAGAAGCAUUGAAAGGAUUAGGAUCUAGUUUAAAAUAUUUAGGUCGAUACGAUGAGGCAGUUGCUACUUUUGAUAAGGCGCUAGAAUUUGAUUCUUGUUCUUCUAUUUCUUAUCGGGGGAAAGCCGAUUGCUACAAGAAAUAGGGAAAAUGGAAAGAUGCAAUUCAAUAAUAUCAACAUGCUUUAAUAUAUGACAAAUGUUAGGGAGAGGCAAUUUAUUGGAAACAUGUGCUUGAAAAAUUGAUAAAAUAAUUUAAACCACCUUAAGAAAACCUCUAGAUAAAUCCUCAAAAUUUACACUUAAUUUUUACAAAAGAAUAUAACUAAUAAUUAGGCUAUAUGCUUAGAGCGGAAAUAUUUCAUGCUCUAGUUACAUCAAGGGAUACAAGGAGUUAUACCGAACAAAUAAGAUUGGGUUUCUGGCUAGCUAUAACAGGUUUUUAUUAAGAAGCUAAGGAUCAUUAUAACAAGGCUUUAAGUAUAGAGGAAUUAGGAACAGAUGCACUGUGGGGAAAAGGUUAUAAUUCAAAAGAUUUUUAGGAGAAUGUUUAAGAUUUUAGCAGAAUUUUACAGAAGCUUAAUAAUACUAUGAAAAAGCUCUUGAAAUAUGCUCUCUUUAGUGUUAGUUGUAAUUAGAACAUGGCUAGGAGAUUCUUUCUUUUGAAUAUAUCUAAACAUUAUCUAUAUUUGGAAAAACCUAUUGUUUAAUUGGUCAAAACAAAUUUUAAGAAGCUGAUGAAUUUCUAUUUUAGUCAUACAGAAUUGCAUUUGAAAAUAAAAGUGUUGAAUUAGGAUAAAAGAUGAUGAUUUUUUGCCUAUAAUAUCUUUAAAUUAUUGCUUUUAGGUAUUCGAUUUGAGAAUUAUAAAAUUUAAUAAAAAAUAAA